CCCCAGCUGCCCCCCGAGGCGGAGGUCAGGGCCUUCACCUGCUGCGUGGUGGAGCUACUGGAGGUGUGGGGCAGAACCAGCGUCCGCGCCCUCGACCUGCUCCCGGCGCUGCGGGUCCUGCCCAACCCGGGGCUGCGGGAGCUGCUGCGCCUCGUGGGGCAUCGCGACGCCUUCGUGGAGACCCAGAUCCGGCGGCACGAGGAGUGCCCGUCCCCCCCAGGGGACACGGUUCUGGGGGCGCUGCAGGGCAGGGACCCCGGUGUGCGGGGGGGUCCCCUGAGCCCCCCCCGCCUCCACAUGGCCCUGGUUGACCUCUUCAUCGGGGGCACCGAGACCACAGCCGCCGCCCUGACCUGGGCCGUCGCCUUCCUGCUGCACCGCCCCGAGCUGCAGGAACGGCUGCGGGCGGAGCUGUGGCGGGAACUGGGUCCCACUGGGACACCCCAAGCGGGGGACACCGGCCGCCUGCCCCUCCUCCACGCCACCGUCACCGAGACCCUCCGCCUCCGGCCCCCCGCCCCCCUGGCCCUGCCCCACUGCGCCCGCCGCCCCACCAGCAUCGGGGGCGUCCCAGUGCCGGCCGGCUCCAUCCUGGUCCCCAACCUCCUGGCUGCCCACCAGGACCCCGACACCUGGCAGCACCCCGAGGCCUUCCUGCCCGAGCGGUUCCUGGCUCCGGGGGCUCCUUGGCGGGCGCUGGUGCCCUUCGGCUGCGGGGCCCGAUCCUGCCUGGGAGAGGGCCUGGCACGGGCCGAGCUCUUUGUCUUCCUGGGCUGUAUCCUGCGGGAAUUCCGCCUGGAACCCCCCGCCCCGGGGGUCCUGCCCUCCCUGGAGGUGUCGGGGGGCACCGUCCUACGCUGCCCACCCUUCCGCCUCCGCAUGGUGCCCUGCCAGCCCCCCGCCUAA